AUGAAAGUGGAUGAAAGUAUUCGUGACUUUCACAUGAAUGUUCUGGAGAUAGAAAAUGCGUCUAGUGUAUUGGGAGAAAAGAUUCCUAAAGAAAAAUUGGUGAGAAAGAUGCUCAGGUCUCUUCCCAAAAUAUUUGAUAUGAAGGUGACUGCUAUCGAAGAAGCUCAAGACAUGAAUCGGAUGAUAUUGGAUGAUCUAGUAGGAUCUCUUCAAACGUUUGAGUUAAGCAUCAAUGAUAGAGCCGAAAAGAAGAACAAAAGCAUAGAUUUUGCUGCCAAUACCGAAGUUGGUACGGAGGAAUGUCAUUUGGAUUCAGAUGAAGGAAUUUCCAAUGCUAUAGUAUUGCUUGGGAGACAAUUCAAUAGGGUAGUAAAGCAGAUGGGCAGAAAUCCAAGAUCAAAUGUCAAGGACAUCCCAUCUGACACCCAGAAGUCAAAUGACCUUGGAAGAAAAAGAAUUGAAGAACAGAUCAUAUCUGAAUGUCCUACAUAUAUCAAAAGACGAAAGAAGAUCCUAUCUGUAACUUGGUCUGAGGAGGAGUCUAAAAGUGACCCUGAAGAAGAAUUAGCCAAAUAUGUGAAGGCAUUGAGAAGCAUGAGCUCGUCCAACAAAGACUUCAGUAAUGAAGAACAACUUCUUCAUAAAUUGGCAACAUCUUACAAAGAACUGUGUCUCAGAAACACUAAAGCACACCAGCUGAAGGUAGAAAAUAAGAAUCGUCUAAAAUAUGUCACUGGUCUAGAAGAAAAUAUAAGCCUUCUAAAAUCUGAGCUCAGCAGAGCCUACAAAUGUGCCAGAAUACUAAAUAAUGGGUCUGAUGUUCUAAAGGAAAUUCCUCAAAGAAAAAGGGUAGCUGGAAACAUGAGUACUCCUGAUCUCACGAAGGAGGCAGAAGUUACUUCAGACCUUAGUAACCAGAAAAGUGUGGCACAAAUGUCAAAUAAAAUGUCUCAACAUUUGGACAAGAGGAGCACCAGUGGCUACAACAAGAAGAUGACACAAUGGACAUCUAGGAAUGUGUUUUCUAGUCUUAUUGCUCAUACCUCUCUUAGAUUUUCCACCAAAGAUGAUUGGUAUUUCGACAGCGGCUGUUCAAGACAUAUGACACAUGUCAAGAACUUACUGGUGGAUAUCAAACCUCACUCCUCCAGCUAUGUCACUUUUGGUGAUGGAGCCAAAGACGAAAUCAAAGGGAUACGAAAUCUGGAAUGCAUAGGAGUUCCCAACCUCAAUAACGUAUUGCUUGUGAAAGGGUUGACAGCCAAUCUAAUCAGCAUAGGUCAACUAUGUGAUCAAGGAUACAAAGUAAACUUCACCAAGUCUGAGUGCCUUGUCACCGACAAGACGAGUGAGGUUAUCAUGAAAGGAGUCAGGUCUAAGGAUAACUGUUACUUAUGGACUCCUCAAGAAUUGAGUUACUCCUCCACUUGUACUCUAGCCAAGGAAGAUGAUGUUAAGAUAUGGCAUUAA